GUUCUGUCAUCAUUUUUCUUGUCACUGAGAAAAAUACGAAAGAAAAAUAUGAUGAAAAAUUUUCCUUAAACAUUUAUUCGUCGUGUGCAAUUGCAAUGUUUCAUCGCGUUUCUUAAAAAUUCCAGAAUUAUGUGCACAAAACUCCAAUAAAUUUUAUAGUGAAUUGUAAUGUAAUGGCAAAUAAUCAGACAACAACAACUGGCAGCAGCAGUAAAAGCAGCAACCCCAACAACAUCGAAGGCAACACGAACAUCAUCAAAAAAGACCCACAAAUCCAAACGCCACCAGCUUGGGAGUCAUGCUACUACUGCCCCAUGGAAUCCUUUAAAAGUUCAUCCGACUUUGUCAAGCAUUUAAGAGAUCGUCAUUGCACCAAGGAAGGAGGCUCCUACGUCUGCCGCUAUGGCUUCAAUGGCGUCUGUCCAUCGCUGCCACUGGAUGGUGUAUCCGAUCGGGACUACGAAUCGCAUGUCACUCGCUACCACGUCAACCAACCAAGUCGGGAACCCGCUCCCGAAUGGUCAGUCUUCUCGGCCGCUCAGAAUCUUCCCGCCGUGCUCAAUGAUCCCGGCCGAGGCAAGCAGGCGAAUCUGUUCACAAAAAAAUGGGGUGAUUCAUUCGUGGAGAAGGCGCACAUCGGCCAGUCGCCCCAUCUGGACGACAUCCAAUAUGCAGACUUCGAGAACUACGUCAAGAAAAUCGGCAAGCGCUAUCGACGCCAUGUCCGCAUGAGCGCCCAUCAACUGCAGCAAGAGAAGGAAGAUUCUAGUCAACAAAACUACCGCAGUCCGACUCGGGAAGGCCAACUCAGCGAAAUCCCCGACAUCUUCAUGAAAGCCACGAUGGAUUUGAACAACCCAGAAUGCUUUGCCUCGGUCUUCCCGGGCAUUGGGCAAGCCAGCGAAGAGAGCAAACAAUCGGGUCGACUGCUACAGGAGAAACUCUCCCACUAUUUGGACAUUGUCGAGGUGAAAAUUGCCCGCCAAGUGUCCCAGAAAUCGGCGGCCUUCUUUCACGCAAUGACAUCGCAAGAUGCCAUCAUGGAACAGAUGCAGGAAGCGGCCCAAAAUGUUCGCGAAUUGAGGCAGAGUCUGCGAGCUCUGAGUAAGACUGAGGUUGAGGAUUCAUUGAAAAUUGUCCAGUACGCCCAGCGGAGGCGAAAUUACGACCAAACUCUGGACAAACUCUGUCUAAUGGCGACGGUGCACAAGACACAACCAAUGUUGCAGCUGUUACUGGGCACGCAGGAUUACGUGGCAGCUCUGGAUUUGAUAGGAACCACCCAAGAGAUCCUCACCCAAGAACUAGUCGGCGUGCACUGUUUUAAGCAUCUGCCGAUGCAACUUACCGAAAUGGAGAAACUAAUAGAUAAAAUGCUGACCACGGAAUUCGAACGUUUCGCCACAGCCGACUUGAAUCGACCCUUGUCCUCGACCAGUCCCAACUCCGAUGAGGAAUUCGAUAAAAUCCUGGCCGAAGAUAAGCUCAUUUGCAUUGUCAUGGGUCUGUUGCGCAAGAAUAACUACGCCUUCAUCGAUACCUACAAGGAGGAGAGUAUCGUGACGAUAAGAGCAAUAAUCAAACAGUUGGUCAUCGAGGUGAUAGCUUCAUCAGAUGCUGAAUUGUGUCUGACCGGCCACGGGGAGGAGGCUCAAAGUUUGUCCAUAACCGAAUGGAUUGCUCUGCUGCAGAGGGCCACAGUGGCGCUGCUGGAAGUCCUGGGGCGGGUAAAAGCUGUGACCACGAUAAUGCUUCAAACGGCCAAUGCAGCUGCCGGGAGAUUUGAUGAGGCCGUGAAUCUUAUGGAUUCGGAUGCAUUUCUCACCGACGCCGACUACGAGAACGUCAAAGAAAAACUAUGUGAGCUUCUGCAAUCUGUUUGCAACUAUUGCCAUGAACGCUGUUCAAAUCUGGUGUCCAGUCAGAGUUUGGAGAAGAGUGUGGCGACCGCCGACGAGAUCGAGAAGCUGACGGCCAUUGUGGAUGAGUUCAGUGCAGGAACAGAGGCGAUAUCGGGGGCACAGAGUGUUCCUCUGAAAGUCGCAGUCAAAGUGCAAGCGUCAAGGUUUGCCAAUCGCUUCCACUCGGAGAGAAAACAAAAAAUGGCACUGCUUCUAGACUCGGAACGUUGGCGGCAGGUUGACAUUCCCAAUGAAUUCCAAAAGAUCAUCGAUCGAAUUGCCGAGAAUGACUUCAGCUUUAGCAAGGCCUUGGAGUAUUCGGCCGGAACAGCAACAGCUAUCCAGUGCAACGGUGGCGGCAGUCCGGCGAGUCCAGUGCUUUUGGUCGAAGGGAAGCCAUUCUCGCUGGUAGGUGCUGCUCUGCUGCUGGUGCAAAUGAUCAGCGAAUAUUGCAAAUGUGCCCUGCGCCUGCCCAUUGUGGCGGGCUAUCUGUCGCGAAAUGUUGUGGACCUCUUGCGGACGUUCAACUCACGUUCGUGUCAAUUAAUAAUCGGCGCUGGAGCGCUACGCGUUGCCGGUCUCAAAACCAUCACAAGUGGAAACUUGGCACUCGUCUCGCGAGCCCUCCAGCUAGUCCUCUGGCUAAUGCCCAAAGUCAAAGAGCAUUUCCGCUCCCUAGAUCCGACCUCCGUCUCCAGCUUCGAUACGAUCGAAAAGGAUUUCAUCGGACACAUAAAAGAAAUCGAGAAUAAAAUCUACGGAAUUGUCACCGACCGUGUGGCCGCGCAGCUCUCCAGCUGGGAUUCCCGACCUCCGGUGCCCUCGCAAUCGUUUCGAAAUAUCUCACGCCAUUUGGUUAAACUGCACGAAGCAAUAGCCCCGAUCCUUCCCGAACAACAAAUACACGCCAUCUAUCGCAUUGUUCAUAGAAAUUUCAAGGACAAAUUGAAAGAGCAACUACUCAAGAACAACAUCGUCAACAAUGGUGGGCCACAGCAUGGUGUUGUCACUUCGGAGUUGACUUUCUACAUGGAGACACUAAGGACAUUGAAAGCAUUGGCCCCCGAGGAGAUGGGCGACGAUUCCAUGGAGGAUAUUUGGAUUUUUUAGCAAAACUAUUAGACGUAAGAAUUAUUUUUAUUUUUUUAAUACUGAAAGAAAUGAAGGAAAUAUUAAAUUUAGUAAUAAUUAAAUAAUAAAGUCCUUGACCUUACCCUCCCCCUUUUAUGUAGCUUAUGACUGCCAAAUUUUCAGUUUUGAAUGUCCUCCUCUCUCAAAGAGAACCUGGACACAUUCCAGAUUGAAGUAAAAAAAAUAUAUUGUAAUUUUCUGUUUUAUUGGUUUCUUUUUGGUUAUUUGUUGUUGUUUUGGUUUACUUUGCUGAAUUUUUAUUUAUUUUUUAAAACUAAAAUUAAAAAGAUGAAGUAUUGCUUUGUAAAGAUAUUUUAUACAAAUAAUAAAAAAUUAAAAAUUAAAACAUUUUUAAAUUAUUACAUAAAAAAAAA